CGCGGGCCGUGCGAGCUUCGCCGCCGGCGCCCCGAGCGGGAGCGCGGCCAUGCCCGGGCCCUAGCGCGCUGCCGCAGCCCGCGCCCGCCGCCGCCUCUUCAAUGGGCAACCUGCUCGGCGGGGUCAGCUUCCGCGAGCCCACCACCGUGGAGGACUGCGACUCCACCUGGCAGACCGACUCGGAGCCCGAGCCCGAGCAGCCGGGGCCGGCGGGCGGUGGCGAGGGCCAGGAGCACGACGAACCGGAGCAGCCCGAGCAGCCUCCCGAGAGAGCCGGAGGGCGGCCCCGAGCCAGCCCCGUGCCCGAGGACCAUGCCGAGGCGGGGGGCGCCGAGCAGGGUGGUGAUCCCACAGAAGCCACUGCCAAACCAAAGAGGAGCUUCUAUGCUGCGAGGGAUUUGUACAAAUACCGACAUCAGUACCCACAGAACUUCAAAGAUAUCCGAUAUCAAAAUGACUUGAGCAACCUUCGCUUUUAUAAGAAUAAAAUUCCAUUUAAGCCAGAUGGUGUUUACAUUGAAGAGGUUCUAAAUAAAUGGAAAGGAGACUAUGAGAAGCUGGAACACAACCACACUUACAUUCAAUGGCUCUUUCCCCUGAGAGAACAAGGCUUGAACUUUUAUGCUAAAGAGUUAACUACAUAUGAAAUUGAGGUAAUGCAAGCUCAAUUCAUCCUACAUGAGGAAUUCAAAAAAACAAAAGAAGCAAUCAGAAGAUUCCUCUUGGCUUAUAAAAUGAUGCUGGAAUUUUUUGGAAUAAAGCUGAUUGAUAAAACUGGAAAUGUUGCUCGGGCUGUAAAUUGGCAAGAAAGAUUUCAACAUCUGAAUGAGUCCCAGCACAACUACUUAAGAAUUACACGGAUUCUGAAAAGCCUUGGUGAGCUUGGGUACGAGAGUUUUAAGUCCCCUCUCGUAAAAUUUAUUCUCCACGAGGCUCUGGUGGAGAACACUAUUCCCAAUAUUAGGCAGAGUGCUCUGGAGUAUUUUGUUUAUACAAUUAGAGACAGAAGAGAGAGGAGAAAGCUCCUGCGCUUUGCCCAAAAACAUUACACCCCGUCAGAGAAUUUCAUCUGGGGGCCGCCUAGAAAAGAACAGCCAGAGCGAAGCAAAGCCCAGAAAAUGCCCACUCUGCCCACUUCGGGUUCGAACAGUCAAACUUCUGUGCACAAGAAAUCCAAGGACUCCAAAAAUUCCUCAGCUAUUCACCCAAAUAGCAAAACUGUGGAAGAAAAAAAGGGACCGUCUAGAGAGGCUGGGGAGGAGACCAGCAAGCCAAGCCCAGAGUCCCACAGUGAAGAUGCCACACCAGGAAACCCAGAGAAAGACGAUGUUGCUGAAGAGUCAGAGUCUCCACCCGAGAAAACAGUUACUGAUGCCGUGGGGAAAGGGGAGUGUCCAACUUCCUCUGAAAACGCCAGAGAGGGGGAAAACCAGAGCAAAGACUUGGAAAAUCCUGAAAACACCAGUUGCCACGAAGAGGUGGUGUCCCAGUGAAUUGUCACAAACCCACACAUCAGUUCCGGUGAAGGAAGUGAAAAACCACUGUCUAAUUUAUCCUGAAGAACAGAGAUGAGGUCACGUUUGAAAUGUUAGCCAUCUGUGACUUUUGCCGUCAGCCCUGUGUUCUUGUUUUUAUUUUGGAUGAUGGUGAAAUUGGAUAUUUAAUAAGAAGUUUUUAAGACCAGAUCCAAUAAAAGAAUAUAUUUAGGAUGCGUUUCCAAAAAUCUCUACAACAGUCGUCACUUUACAAAUAUUUUCAAGUUAUCUAGAACGAAUCGAGUAGCAUUUGGUACUCAGCCUGUUCUCUGGAGAGAUUCAUGCGGAAAUCGAGACCCUCUCGUGACGCCUCGCCCCUGACUUUUAGAUUCGUUUUGAAGUUGGAAGGAUGAAGUUGGGUCUCCUCAAAUGUUGCAGCACCUCGGUGUCCUUAGCUUGGAUUUCUGCAGUGGCUGCCGUUCCCACUUGUCCUUCAUCCUGUUUUGUCCCCCUUCCUCUUCUGGCUUGAACCACCAUCAUGGUCGGCUUCGUGAGUUUUCUAGUACACAUUAGGACCCUCUCCUAGGCCGACAUCCAGGUGGAAGACAGGGACAUCUUUAAGAGUCUGAUUUCAAGAUUUUUUCUUUAAGGUUUAGAAUAAUAAAAAUAUUUUCAGUAUUAAUUGCUUAGAGAAGAUUUGUAUAUGUGUGUGAAAAAAUAUAGAACAAAAGUAGACUUUGGUUUUUUUUUUUUUUUUUGGCUGUCCUCUACAAAAUUGGUGGUUGAUUGUGGAUGCAAAUCACUGAGAAGUGGUUUUUUUUUUUCUUUAAAUCACAAAAAUUACUCAUUUUUUUUAACGAUGUCUCCUCACCCUGUCAACAAACACUUUUGUCUUUUGAGCCAUUAGUGUAUUGAUGCCAUGAGCAUUAUGGGAUUCCUGAUGUCACUACUCCACAGAGUCUCUAUGUAUGUGUGUAUGUGCAUAUUUAGUUUGUCAUUUUGGACCUGAGAACGGUUUGCAGUUACAUACAUUCACUUUUAGUAAGUAUUAGAUAUAUUGCAUUGCAUCGGCUAAAACUUAUAUUGUGUACAGUUGUUGCUAAUUAUUACAGAUCUGAAGACAAUCAGAAACACUGUGAUGGGGACUUUAGAACAUUCAUACGAACACAGACAAAGCAAUGAACAGAGAAUAUUUUUACUUGUUUCUAUUUAGCAAGGAAUUGACUUUUUAAAAUCUCUCUUAGGCUUUUAAGGAAAGUCCUGUAUUCUUUCGCCACCCCCCUCUUGCCCCAGGGAACUUUUGCUAUUUCCUCUUUCUAGCACACCCAACACAUAAUCAUCUUGUUGGCUUUUUCCACCUGUACGUUCCGUGGUGAUUCCUACAGAAUACGCCUAUCAAUCGUGUGCUUUUAGAAAUAAGGUUUUACUGUUUUUAAGUUUGCACAACACAGCCCAGUUGCUUAUUCCUGACUGUGUGUGUGUGUGUGUGUGUGUGUGUGUGUGUGUGUGUGUGUGUGCAUCCUAGUGGCACUGGUGUUGUGCAUCAUAUCCCAGUAAGAUAGGAAAUGCUUCAUCGUUUAGUUCCCACAGUUCGACAGCUUUAGUUUGUUCCAGUCUGCACAGGGUUCAGGCAUGAAAGAGGACUAUUAAGUUAGGCCGAAUUGUAGGGAUAUGGUCAAUUUAAUUCAAAAUAUCUUAAUUUUGCACACACAAAUGAAGUAUUCAGUAUGUAACUGCACACACAAAUGAAGUGUUCAGACCACUUUAAGGGUAUUUAGUGUAAGAAACUUGGGAUCAGGGGUGCUGGAGAGAUGUCUCAGUGGUUCAGAGCAUUGCUGCUCUUUAGAAGACCAGGGUUCAGUUCCCAGCACCUGUACUGGGUGGGGUGGUUCACCACCGUCUCUAGUACUAAGGGAUCUGACUCCUUGUUCUGGCUUUCAGGGGAACUGCAUGCAUGUGGUGCACAUACAUACAUGCACACGCACACAUAUACAUAAAUAAGUUUUUUAAAAAAAAAUAAAUGUGGGCCAGCUACUAAAAAUAUUUUUAAAAAACAAAAUACCAGAAGCUAAUACAAUCUGAAUCACUUAGAAAUUAUGGUAUACCAGAACCCUUAGAAAUGAAAACACUUAACAAUUUAGAUUUUAGACUGUUAUUUCUUAUUAAUUAUUUUGCUAGCUUGUGCUGUUUAAUUUCAGAAUAUUGAGUCCCAAGAGGAGAGCUCCCUGGCUUCCAUCUAAAAUAGUGGCCUUUUCUCAACAAUGGUUAUUUAAACUUCAUAAAGGGGCAAUGUUUCCUACAUUUAAUCUGUAAAUAGCAGUGAGAAUAACUCAGUGAAGAACAAGCUAAAGGAAGUCAUUCCUUUUGCUAAUAAAAAUUGAACGUCUCGAUUUUUUUCUAUUAAGAGUACUUUGUACAUUUAAUAGUUUUUUAACAUAAGAUCUGUAGAUGAUGUAUUUCUGAGUGUGUUAGAUAUCAAAAACCCCUCUGAAUUUUACUUCUGCGUUUUGUGUUUUGCAAACUACCAUAUGCUUACAGAAAUUGACUAAAAAGCUGUUCCAGAAAAUGCUGUAUAGCAUGGCCAAGUAGCUAGACGCAUGGCUAAGCAUCCGCAGGUGUUCUCAUAUGGUCUUUGUUAUGCCAUGGGCUGUAAGGAUGCUAAGUGUUGGCUAUUGAUAAAACUACAUCUCACAGCAAAUAGAUGCCAUAUUGCUUGAUUAGCCUAGUGCAUUUCUAAUAUUUUUUUGCUUUCAUAUUUCAGAGGAGAAAAUAUAUGUGAAGAUAUUUUGAAAUACUGUAAAGUGACAAAUAAUUAUAUAUUUCUGUACGGUGGAGAUGUUUCUGACAUUAAGAUUAUUAUAUCAUUCUGCAUUUUUGAGCUCAUUCUUACAGGAAAUUCUAAAUAAUUAUGGUGGACGUAAAAAAAUCUAUGUGCUUCCUCUAAAUUAGGUCUAGUUGUCAGUUCUAAAAUUACAUGGUAUAGUUUUAUUUUGUUGUAAGUUUUGAGACUAUACUUUUUGUUUUGAAGGAGAGAAAGUAUAUAACUCAGGAGUUACUAAGAAAGUUGUAAGGUUUUUUCUUUCUUUUUUGUUGUUACAUAUAUAAAUACAUGAAGAUGUAAUAAAAACUUGUCACAGCCAUGA